CCUAUAGACGCGAGGAUGGUGGGAAAUGUUCAGCAAGAAUGACACAGCGUCUAUGACGUCAUCACUUCUAUGAUGUUGCUGCAUACAUAACGGCGCGAUGUGUGACGUCAUUAUCUAACGAUUCUCGCGACUGUAGUGUAUAAAAAGAAACCUCGUCUCGAGCUCGUCUCGGAUGUGUUCAGGUGUUGCACUGAAGUGCUGAGAUCACCGCGAAGUCACGAGGGAAGAGAACCUGACGCGGUGCAGAUGUCGUCCCUCGGAAAUAUCUCCUCCUCCUUCUUUCUCUCCCUCCCCCCAAAAAUGCACUUUGGUCCGAUGGGCCGGCAUACCUGGGCGUCUAGACGAAAUCCUCUCGCCAUCAGGGGUUGGUGGGAGGGAGAAAGGGGAGGGGCUGACAGAUGCUGGGGAGGGAGGCGGGGAGAGCUAGCCCCAUGAUCUGUCCCCUUCUCGACUGUCCUGCUCCUGAGCCGAGAAAAGAUCUUGCUAUAACUCCCCUGAUUUUUUUUUUUGGUGCGGUUUCGGAGUAACUCGGUCACGGUGCCAUCUUGUGCCAGGGCACUUAUGAGGAGGAAAAUAAGGUUGGGCAGGGGCUGGGGUGGAAUCGGCGCAGCGGCUGCACAGAACAAAACUGAGAUGCCAGAGGGAACUUAACUGCGCUGUUUCAUGGUUAGAUAUACGGGUGGUCGCCGCAGGGUAGCUUGGGAGGUCGGUAGAGGGCUGUAGUAUACAAACUAAAAAAGAUUAACUUAGAGAGUUAAGAAAACAAAAACAACCCUUUGACUUGGUUUUUAUUACCCACUCAUCCCCCCAAAUAUAUUAUUUGGUUUAAUUUGAAUGAAAGUUCCAAUCCUGUUGAAAGGGUUUUGUGGAUAGUUUCAUGGGAAAAUAAGACAGGAAACUCUCUCAAUCAGGUCUGAUUAUGAGGCUAAGUAAUGAUAAAGGACUUAGACCGUACUUGAUGUACAGACUUCCCAUAAUUUCGCUGCAGUGCUGCAUCCCCCCCGCGCACUGAGGGCCUGCACUUUGUUUUGAAGAGUAACAUCGAGCCUCUGCCCGGCCUCGUGGCUCGGGGCUGCAGGAAGACAAGUUGUUUGCUUGGGUCACGUGCAUCUCGAGUGCAGGGUGAACGUGGAUUUGGGAGUGGUUUUGUGAAGGGGGGAGGAGGGGUGGAGCGAGCUGGUGGUCUCCCUUGCGUGUGUUGGGCGAUCUCGCUGCUGUUGCUGCUCUGCUCGUGCAUUAAGUGCAAAGCCCUGGAAGCGGAGCAUCCUCCCAGACUUGUGUGCGAAGCUGCGAUGUUUGUCGGUCUCAUGUGGAUAUGAUUUGACCAUGAUGUGCAGAGAAACCAGACUAGCUUUCUAGUAGAGGUCGAGGGUCAUGGGUCGUGAAGUGUUGGGUUUGGUCUGAAACUUUGGGAUGUGUUGCAUUACUGUGAAGAUUUUGGGUUCUUGUGAUGAUCGUACAUCUUCAUGGUUGUGAAACUUGUGUCGUAAAACCUUUCUGUGGGAUGGGUUGUGAAGAUUCGGACUGUGUCGCAAAACCUCGUGGAUGAGAAGUCUGUUGAUUGUGUCAUAAAACUUCGGAGUGUGUCGUGAAAGCUCGGAUCAUUCCUGUUGUGAAUCUUCGGAUUGUGCCACGAAGUCUCUUGACCGUUCUUUUAAAACUGCAGGACAGACUCCGGAUAAGAAGUGGGACAUAUUGUCGAUCCUAGCUUUAAAAUCAUCUGUACUAUAAUUGUAGAACACGUGGAUAACUAUACCUGGGAAUUUUCACCGGAAAUUUCCAUCGCACAAUGUUGUCUCAAUGCCGGCGGAACCUUUGGCAGAAAAACACCUGAGAUGUUGUCAUGUGAAUGUUGCUGCUGUCAAAGCCUCUGACGUCAGCGCCAGUUAGCGAGACAAUUCCAUCAAGCGUGACUAGAUGAACAAAGAUGCACCAAGGAGCUUUGGCCUGAAGACUUGUCUUGGCUGAGUUCCUGGUCCUCGUCUCCUAGUUGAUGAUGUUCCUUCCCGAAGUUGUUAGCCUUCAGUUUCUCUAGUCUUGCCGGGGACAUGGGACUGUUGAAGGAACUGGCAGAGGAGUCGUGCUGUGAGAAGAGAUGUUUUGUCGUCACAGUCGUAUCGUUGUUCCUGUUCGUGACCUUCGUGUCACUUCCGGCAGGGGCGUUCCUGAUCAUCCAUGGCCGCCGUAACAACUCCAUGGCCUUCCAGCUGGGCGGCGCGCUGGUCGUCUCCAUUCCCAUCGUCGUUGGCAUCAUCUUCUGCCUCGUCCUGUGCCUAAGGCGGAAGUCCCGCAAGCUGACCUUGAACUCCUCCACACACAUAUGACGUCAGGCCCCAACGGCCACCGUGUGCUGCGCCGACCUGCGCGACGAAGACAGCCACCACGAGUUCGCGGCCAUGGUUUGAAGGACCCACGUGACCGGCUUGGUUUGCUUGCAGACAGUUUGAGGUUUUUGAAGAUGAAACACUGGUUGACAUCCACCAGGAUCGGACUGUCCGACAGAAGUGUUGGAGGUUGUUGAGCCAUACGAGCCUCGAUGUGAGUGCUGACGUCAGCGUUUUGGUUGGCGUUCUAGGCUAUAAAUAACCUUUGUCUUUGUAGGAUGAGGAAUCGUGUCUGUAAGACAUUUGAUUGACACCAGCACCUGAGAGGAACGAAACUGAAUUCCGAGAACUGGUUGUACUUUUUUCUGAGAGCGUCACGUGGAAAAAAAAAUAUC